UUCUAAUGUCAGUCCAAUUUGUGAGUUGUGACUUGUAUCUUUGGAAUUCUUGAAUUUGGUAACGUUUGGAUGUUAUUGUUUACUGUGGUUGCGUUGAUAUCAUAGGUGAUAAGAUAUAUCAUUAUCGCCACGGCUUUGUUUUUGAGAGUUGUGAGUCACACAUUUUUAAUUGUCAUCAAAGGUUAGGUACUAGAACCAAUUCAGGUGUAGAGAAUAAUUGGUAGGAGAAGUUAAAUAGAAAAUUUACAAAAAUGUCCCUUUAUCCAAGCUUGGAGGACAUGAAAGUGGACCAGAUGUAUAAGGCACAGCUUGGCCAAAUGCAGCCACAGUCUUUUUCCGAAAGCACUGCUAGUGCUCCACUAUCUUCCCCUUAUCCAUCCUUCAAUACAAUGCCAGUUCCAGCUAAUAAUAGAGAACUAUAUCCUGCUUUGGGUGAAUUCAUGGGGCUAGAACUGAGUCAAGCCAUUAUUGCAGAAAAUAUGCCAGAAUAUUUACAAGUGGCUUCUUUACAACAGAGGGAACUGUUUUUGCCUCAAACAACAGCCACUGGCCUUAUUGCUCCAGUAUCUGGCCAAUCUGUAGGCCUCCAUAGGGCAGAGGUAACUCAUGGUAUUCGUGAGCUUAUUCUUUGUAAAGACAAGGAUGGAAAAGUAGGUGUUCGCGUUAAAGCAAUUAACAAAGGAAUUUUUGUUAGUGUUGUUGUCGAGAAAUCACCAGCAGCUUUAGCGGGACUACGAUUUGGCGAUCAAAUUUUGCAGAUAAAUAAUGAGAAUGUUGCUGGAUAUACUAUGGAUAAAGUUCACGAUUUAUUCAAGAAAAGUCCAGUUAAUGGUAUUAAAGUGAUCGUACGAGAUAGACCAUUUGAACGUACAAUUACAUUGCACAAAGAUAGUGUUGGUUGCAUUGGUUUUCAAUUCAAGAAUGGAAAAAUAACUGCUAUUGUUAAAGACUCUUCUGCUGCUAGAAAUGGUGUCCUCACAGAUCAUCAGUUGCUGGAAGUAGAUGGUCAAAAUGUAAUUGGGUUGAAAGAUAAACAAAUAAGCAGUAUCAUUGAAAAUGCCGGACAAGUGGUCACUAUUACUGUGAUCCCUAGUUUCCUGUAUGACCAUAUGGUGAAAAAGAUGGCGGGAUCCCUUCUGAAAGAUUUAAUGGACCAUUCAGUUCCAUCUCUCUAAAUAUUUCACCUAUUUUUCAUAUAAUUAUUUACUCUACAAUAAAGUGUGUUUCAACUGUGUAAAACAAAUAGUACUUUAUUCUCACAGUAAUAAUACACAUAAUUUUCAUCAAUGGUUAUUUCUGUUUCACUAAGCAACAAUACACUCUUGGACUAUUCCGUAAUAAUAAACUUGGAGACACUUAAACUUACUUCUAUCAAUUUUUUAAUAGUAUCUUUUUCGUUUCCAAUUCUCACUUUUAGGUAUUGAAAUGUCUUUUUCUUGAUACAUCAAAAUAGACAUGUGUUAUAACUUUAUUAUAUAAUUAACACACACAAUAUACAGUGAGUACAAUAUUAUUUCAAAAACUGUCAAUGAAUUCGUUUUGUUUUUUUAUCUCUUCAGUAGUUACACUAAAUUUUAUUACACUGAUGUACUGUUGUACUGUCUGGCAAACCAGGGUUCACUUAUUCAUUUAUUUUUAAUGAUUAGAUUACAAUUUGGGCUGCAAGGAUCAAUUAUAUACCUAUUGAAUGAUCGUUUGGAAACGUUCAUUUUUAAUCCAAUCAGUUGCACAAAAAUCAAAAUAUCAUUUUGAAUUUUGGAACUUUUUGUUACAAAUUGAUUGAAAAGCAUUUUUAAAAUCUGAUUGCACUCGUUAAUAAGCAGGAUUGGUAACCUCUUUAUUUGCAUAUUCAUGUUCUAAUCUCAGAAUGUGCAUUUGUUUUCAGAAAAAUUACAUUUCACUCUGGUUAAAAUACUGUUCUGCAAUUCACUUCAGGUCUAUUUCUUUAUGAUCCUAUUCUUCACCAUUGGAUUUUAUAGCAGAACACUGUCAUCAUUUAUUAACUCUAUUAACAAAGUCUCAGCCCGUUUCAUCUUUACAGUGACAGCUUAUAUCUUGAAGGAAUUUCAAACGAGUGCAAAGAAAAAGAAGUUUGCCUUAAUGAAUAUUUUUUUUCAUAAUUUAUUUGCUAAGAAUAAAAAUAUGCCCCAAUAGUCAUCUCAGUGUCAUAGAUCAGUUUUCGCUGUAAUCUUUAGAAAACAAAAGCCCUACUGGCAAAACUGACCCUUAUAUGUUACAAAGAAGAAUUGAGUUUCCAGUAAAUGAUAAAUGCAGUGCCACCUCAUUUUACAGAGUGGGAGCAACUAUUGGGAGGUUAAGGAAAUUUCCUAUUCCUACUGCCUUUACACAUUUUUUUGUAUUUGAACAAAGUAACAA